CUUUAAUUUACUAUCAAACAACGUUAAACCAAAAUUGAAUAAAAUUAGAAGAUAGAGAAAGAGAAGAAAGAAUAGAAGAAAUAAAUGGCAGGGAGUGGAGAAUUGGCAAAGCCAACCUACAAUGCAAAGCUAUAUUCAGGUGGUAGACCUUCUUACCCACCUCAACUCUUUCAUUUCAUCGCAUCCCACACUCCUUCCCAUCUUCUUGCUUGGGAUGUCGGUACUGGCACUGGCCAGGCCAUUUCUUCCCUAGCUGAACUCUAUAAGAAUGUGGUGGGAACAGAUAUUAGCGCGACACAGCUAGAGUGUGCGCCAAAACUGCUUAAUGUCAAGUACAUUCAGACGCCUCAGGUUCUAUCCGUAACUGAUGUUGAGCAAAUGAUAGCACCCGAAUCCAGCAUUGACUUGAUAACCGUAGCCCAAGCAAUGCACUGGUUCGAUCUCACCAAGUUCUAUGAGGUGGUGAGAUGGGCUCUAAAGAAGCCUAAUGGGAUCAUUGCAGCCUGGUGCUACACUACACCUUUGGUGAAUGAGGAGGUGGAUGCAGUCUUCUGGCCGUUCUACAAGGGAUUUUCCGGUCCUGGAUGGGAGGAGACGACAAGGGCUGUGGAUGACAAGUACCGGAGCAUUCAUUUCCCAUUCGAGCCUGUUGAUGGGUUGGCAGAUACUGGUCCGUUUGAGUUCAAGAACGAGAAGGUGAUGAGCUUGGAGGACUAUUUUGCAUACAUAAGGUCAUGGUCGGCUUACAAUGCUGCUAAGGAGAAAGGGGUAGAGAUGCUGCCGGAUGAGCAGGUGGAGCGAUUUAAGCAUGCUUGGAUGAAUGAUGGGAAGAACGAGAAGGUUGUGAAGUUUCCUGUUUAUUUGAGGAUGGGAAAAGUUGGGGAUUCGAAAUGAAAUUGGUGAUGCAACUGAUGAUGCCUUCAACUUCAUUAUAUGCAUAUAACCACCAAUAAAGAGUUUCUGCUUACGCCUUUCCUGUAUUAGACAGAGUAGAUUAUAUGAAUAUUAGUAUCAAAUAUCAAUGAUUAUAAUGUUUAAGGUAGAAUGUUGAAGUUGACGUUUUGACAGUUCUCAGAAUAAAAGAUCAGAUACUGGUGUUUUUCUUUGUCAA